UUGAGUCCUCCCGGCUCCCGUCGCCGCGUUCCCUCCCACCGCCCCGGCCCGCCCCAGCGGCGCGGCGCGGCUGGCGGCGAGCGGACGGGACCGGCGCGGCGCGGUGCAGCGGUGCUGCCGGGGAAGCGGCGAUGGCCGAUUACUGGAAAUCUCAGCCAAAAAAGUUCUGCGAUUACUGCAAGUGUUGGAUAGCAGACAACAGACCUAGCAUUGAGUUUCAUGAAAGAGGAAAGAAUCAUAAAGAAAAUGUGGCAAAAAGAAUUAGUGAGAUUAAAAAGAAAAGCUUGGAAAAAGCAAAAGAAGAAGAAAACAUGUCAAAAGAAUUUGCAGCAAUGGAGGAGGCUGCAAUGAAAGCAUAUCAAGAGGAUUUGAAAAGGCUUGGAAUUAAGCCAGAUGAUGUAGGUCCCAGUUCAACGCAGAGUAAAACACAGAGUACCACAGUGGAAACUAAAGGAAAGAAAGAAAAGAAAGAGAAGAAGGAAAAGAAGGAAAAGAAAGAAAAGAAAAAAAAGACGCCUCAGGACACCUCAGUGCCACCAAAAACUGAAACAAAGGAGUGGGUGCAAGGAUUUUCUCCCGAAGGCUAUACAUACUACUACAACACAAAAACAGGAGAAUCGCAGUGGGAGAAACCUAAAGGAUUCCAAGGCAACUCUCAAAACUCACAAACGGCAGCAGAGUGGGUAGAAGGUGUCACUGAAGAUGGUCAUACCUAUUACUAUAACACGCAAACAGGAGUAUCCACGUGGGAGAAACCGGAUGGUUUUGUUUCAUCUUCAAAUGAGAAGAGUCAACGUGACAAGCGUUCUGAAGAGCUUGCAGAAACAGAUUCCAAAGCGUCUGAAUCAGACUCGGAAGAUAGUGAAAAUGAAGCACAGAGUUCAGAAAAAAAAUUCAAGAGGAAAGGAGAUAAUGGUGAAGAAUCAGAGGAAGGGAAAAAAUCUCCCAAAGCUAAAAAGUUAAGUCCUUAUGGGAAAUGGCGAGAAGUUAAGUCAGAAGAAACUGCUGAUAAAGAGGAGAGUACAUCAGCUUCCCAAGAAACCUCCAGUGAUGCACCUAACAAGACCAACCCGUAUGGAAAAUGGAAAGCAAUUAAGGAAGAAGAAGAGGAAGAAGAAGAACCAUGUGAAAAAGUGGACCUGGAGCUCCCUAGUACAGAGAGCGACAACCUACCACCUCCAGUGCUAGAGGUUCCAGAAGAUGCAACAGUGAUAUUUAAAGAGAAGACAGUCACCUCCCUUGGAGACCUGACAGAAGGGGUGCCAACAUUUAAAAAGAGGAAAUUUGAAAAUGGAAAAUCUAGAAACUUAAGACAAAGACUAAGUGAUCAGUAAUACUUAACAAAUCAUUUUAGAUUCCAUUUAAGCUAGAGUGAAUCAAAAGUUUAAUAUUUUAAACAGGCUUUUAUAAAGAAAAUGUUGGAUAGAAAUUAAGAAUUUAUAGGUAUUAAAACAUACGUGAGUUGUAAUAUUUUUUUAUUUUAUUUUGAUGUGAUUGAUUUUGGGAUGGAAGUUUGUGUUAUAUUACUUAGGCAAUAUUGUAAAUACAUUUAUUUUUUAUUUUAACCAUGCCAUCUAAGUUCAAUUUGCUCUCUGUAUGCUGUUUUAAAUACGUCAUGUAAGGUUUUUUACUCCUUUUCUAAGUAUGCGAGAAUGUAGUAAUCCUUAAUCUGGCAAAAAUGAUGCAGACCUUUUAAUUUUACAGAGGAACUGGAUCAAUAGCAUGUACUGGAGAGUAAAAUCAUCCCCCAAGAUUGUUUAUGCAGAAUAGUUUCCCAGCUAAUGAGUAAAAAUAUUGUGCUUACUAACCUUUGGCUAAUCGCUUGCAAAAGAGUAGGUGGUAAGAGUGCCAACAUUUCAAAUAGAUCAUUUGAAAGCUGUUUUUAGAGCAGUUAGUCACAUCAGUGCCACUCAUUUCUAAUAACAUUCCAAAAGAAAUGAUUUGUGCAUGGUAAAUGUAUUAAACCUCUGCAGAAGAUUUAAACCUGUUGAAUCUUUACCUUUAAUAACAGCACAAGAGCUGUUGGAGUAGCUAUUUCUGUGGUGUCUUCCUGUUGUAUUUUGCUUUAUUAUUGUCUCUACUUGAAUUUUUCUUUUUACACAUCAAGUUUUCUUUUUUUUUGGUCUUGUUUUCUUUGCUUUUCUUUUUGUCUCUUUCCCUGUAAAAAAGUAAUUGCUUGGUAUUUUCAUGAAAAAAUAUUCCAAAGACCUGGCCCUGCUACAGCGUACAGCACCCUUUAUGAGACUGAUAGGGUUUAUCUGUUGAUAAGAGGAGCGUGUUGAAUAGUUGCAGUGUUCGCUGAGAGGGGCUAAGUGUAUUGAAGCUUCAUCAUUCUCAGUACCAUGGGAGAGGAGAACAAGAGAUGGAUGAGUAGAGGUGACGGCUGUGCUGUCCAAGAUGGCUUGGACAUUUUCUUAAGGAUUGUAGAUUUGAUUUCUUCACUUGGUGGGAUUGGUCUGCAUUUAGCAUCAUCAAGAUUCAUUGGCUGUGCAGGAAUACAGCUACGCUUACUGCUUCUCUAGGUAUCAAACAGUGGACCAUAAAGGUCACAAAUCCAUUAAAAAAUAUGUCUUUAUUUCUAAAGCUCAUAGUGUUUUGUUCAGCAGAGUCUCAGUCAGAAACAGAGGGUGCAGUUAAGAUAGUUGUCCAGCUACAGAAAAAUAGAGUUGGUAACUGCUGAGCUUGAACUUUACUGAGAAAAUGACUGUUAAUCUGUCAGAUCAGCAGAGAAAGGAGUACAAGACAGGGAAUUUGGUUUUUCAUGUAUUACAAAGGAAGCUGAAGUCCUUUUUUCUAUUCUGCAACGUUUUCUCUGUGUGUAGAAGAGAAUUGAAUAUUGUAUUUAAUCCCGUGUGUUUCUUUGGCUUCAUCAGGGUGGUUGUAUUUCUUCUGAUGUUUGUUUUGAGAAAUUGGAAAGUUUCCUCUAAUAUCUAGCCCUGGAUUGUCAGUUAGAGAUGCCGGAUGCGUGCUGGAUGCUCUCACAGUCAUAGAUGCAGGAAUGUACAACAUGUACUCCAUAUCAAAGGCCUCACAUGCAAGGCUGGAACAGAAACGUCCUUUCUACCGAGGAAAGGCUGUCAGGUUUCUUAAAAAGCAGAUUUUUCAGGUUUUGUUCUUACUCUUACUUGAACAUUACUCCAGCAGCCAGGAAGCCUGCUCUGACUUGAAGCCUCCAUGUGUUUGUGACCAGUUUACACUCAUUUCCUCCCAACUACCACAAGUAUCGCCCUUUCUGCUAAGUAGCUUUUCUUCCUCUUGAAUCCAUGACAUCUUUUCUGAAUCACAUAAAGUGUCCUUUUGUGACAGUGUUCCACCAGUACUUCUCUUCGUCCAGUCCAGCCCGAGUUUGCCUUGGCUCUAUGUUCAAGGAAGAUUAAGGCCACGCAUGAUGUCACUAAUGCUUCCUUAGCCUAUUGGAAAUAACCUUUGAUACGUCCCUAAACCACAUUUGCCUUUCACAUGACUGCAUCGUGCUGUCUGCCAUGGGUGCCCUGUGAUUUACCAGUACAACUAGCUCUUUCUGCUCCUCUGCUAUUGCCAACUGCUGAGUUAACAGCUGAUCAUGCUUUCCUUUCAAGCACAUUUUUUUUUUCCUUACAAAUUUGUUUUGUACUGCUGUACUCAUCCUGCUUGUUACUCUGAGCCUAAUGUAGGUGCAUUUCUUUAUGAUCGCUGUAAAAUUAUUUUAUUGUUUAUUAGUAUAGGUUUUUCUGUAGGCUCCACUUUUAAUAUCCUCUGAGGAGGACAUCUUUCCUCUUUUAGUGAGAGCAUCUUUCCUUAAAAAUGUUUUGUCACAUUGAAGUGGUCAUAGGUGGUGAUUUAAGAUACCUGUAACUAAAUUGCUCGAGGAGAUGUUUAAAAAGAUCUGGAAAUAAAAGUGUUCCAAAACUUGUUUCCUUGAGGAGCUGCUGUUAGUUGUUAUAUGAACCAAAGAUCCUUGUCAAGUACUGUGAUUAACAGAAAAACCAAAACAAGUAUUUACAUUAGGAAAAAAGAUUAAAUGUUUUCUUUGUUCACUGCUAGUGAAGUUGGUUUAAAUGCCAUACGCUUGCUUUGCUGACGGAACUUCUAAAGCCUGCAUUUCACAAAGUACAGCGCUUUGCUCCCCACUACCUCUGAAAGUCAGUCUGAGGAGAGACCAGUUUAUUCUUUGUCCUUAAAUGUAAAUUAUAAUAAGGGCCAAUUGAAUUAGAUUUGAUAUAUCCAAAGCCACUGUUUAAUUUUGCACCAUGCUGUGAUUCUUUUUCCUUAUUGUGUAUCUAAACCAAAUAUUUCUCUUCUGUACAAAACCACUGUCGUGUGAGAUUUAAGGCAGACACUGCUUUUCCAGGACAUCUGUUCUGCACAGAUCUCUCUCCCUUCUGUGCCAUCUCCCUGCAAAAUCUUCUGCCUGUGGAAUUUGCCAUAGGAAUGCUCUAGGUAUUACCAGUUACGCUCCUCUUCUGCUAAUCCUUCCUGGGGCUGCACUGGCUUUUGGCAAAGGAAUGUUCCUUUUACUGUUUCAGAAGAAGAGUGUUCUGUUUUCUGACUAAUCCAUUUUUUAUCAUGCAGCAUGUUUUUAUCUGCUUGCCUGCUUUUAUUGCAAGCUCCUUGUAGCGAGGACUACAUCCUUGGUUUUCUAGGCUAUCAUUGGCAUUAUUACCAAUAGGAGAGUUGGAGGGAAAGGGGGAGUUGUUGCAAUUUCUGAUGAUGAUACCUUUUUGUGUGAUUUUGAGCAAGUCAAUUCACUGCUAUGUGGUUUUGUUUCCUUGCCUCAUCUUUCACCUGCUUUGUCUGUUUAGAAAGAGCUUCACAGCUUAGGAUGCUUAUCUUUGAGGGUUGUAUUUUUACAGUAGGGCCUGCCUGAAGUUGAUGAUGCUUUUAGAAGCAAACAGAUUGCAUAUCCUGACAAAGAAAAUGAUUUUGUUGGGUGUUUGUUGUGCCAGGAGCUGUGCAGAGACCACCUGCUCAAUUUGACUCAGGUUAUAGAAUAAUCCUUAUUCCCAUUUAGGCUGAGCUAAAUUUUAACCCUUCACCUGGGAAUCUGUAGAUUGGAAUCCAGACUUUCCUAGUAGGGUAAAGUUUGGGGUUUGUUUGACCCUCGUAGAUAAAAUCUGUGCUGCAGUGUCAUCCAGACCCAAUAUUCAGGUGUGGGAAGUGGGAAGCCUGGUCAUGACAUGGCUCUGAGUUAAAUUCACUAACCUGUGCGUGUAUAAAAACAUUUCUCCUUUCCCCUCACCCCUGAAAAAGAUGUCAUUUCGGUGCAUGUUUUGGUAUCUCAGAAAGGGAGUAAAAAACUAUUUCAUGCUGCUUGGUUUCCUUGAUUUGCUUUGAGUUCCAUCUCCCCUUUUUAGUACUUUUCUUAUUAUUGGCAUCUUCCUCCAGCAUUCCUAUAUAUGCAAAUCUACAUAUCACCACUGUGCCGUGUUUGUAGCAUCUGCCUUCACCUUAUGCCCUGCUCUACAGAGAUCUUCACGUUGGCUUAAGUAGGCCACCCUGUCUCCAGAUCCCAGCUUACACUGAGUGCUUCUGCUGCCUGUUUGCGUCAUGCCCUGAAGAAGUACCACCUUACCUAUUUUCAAACAACGCGCAACCUAUUUCAAGACUGACUACGCGUGCUCUUUUCAUUUUCUUGAUAAUUUGUUUUCCUGAGAUGGAUUUCAUUCCAUUCCUCCUACAGGGUUUGCAGUCCUUAAAUCCUUUCGCUUGUUGGUACAAAAGCUGUCUGUAUACCUUUGGCUGUCUGCUGCAGCAACCCUUUGGGUCUGUCUUGUCAGCCAUAUUUUUCAGUCUCUCUUGUAUCUACCUCUUAAGUCCUCUUACCUUCUACCUGCUAAAUUAUUUAUCUUAGACAUUGUGUUAACCAUCUGUGUGAUUAACAAAUCUAGCUUUGUGAAAUGUUUCACGAUAUAGCUUGAAUAAAAGUUUCUGUACAAAGCAAAAGGUAUUGCAAAUAAUGAAAAAGACUUAAAUUUGCCCAAGAGGAUUCCCAGAGAAUGUCAGCAGAUUCGAUUUUGCUUGUAAAAGCAGAAGUAGCCUAUGUUAAAAACCAGCAGACAGCAUUGUACAGGCCACAGGCUGAAGACAGUGGGGUUUAGUGGCUCGCCUAACUGAAGAUACAGGGAAGAACAGUGGGGUGAUUGAAAAGCGCUUGGUUUAGUUUAUAGGUAUUGUCUGUGGAGUUGAAAAGCUGGUUUCUCUUUACAGCUUCUCAGUUGCAAUUACAAAAUAUUGCAAGCUCUUGAAGUGGAGUUUAUAUGAAAAUACCAAAUAAAGCUUUCAUUUGAACAGUC